AUGGACGAAUCAACUCGAGUUUCCUUUCUCUUUCAUCUCUUCCUCUGUCUUCUGUGUGUGUCUCUCUCUCCCCCGCCCCUCCCAUUUGGGCCCUCUGGUCGCCUCAUAAAACGUUGUAUGCGCAACACGCGCGUUCACUCAUCCGCAUUUCGAAAAGACCCCGUUGUCCAGAUAUUCGUAGAUGCGCGCGGCAGCAAAAACCGCAGACUAACUGUUUCCAGUAUUCAGUCUACAGUCCGGCACUACCCAAUGCUGAAACGCCGGUCCCGCAGUACGCCGAGGGUUGACGGGGGAUCUUGCGAAUGCCCUCUCUCUCUCACCAAAACAAAAAAGACGUCGACAAACACACAUCGAUGCGCAGCUCUACCCAACUGA